AUGUUGUCACUCAUCCCGGGCCUCAUCGUGACGGGCGUGAUGGAGGACGACUACUACCUGCUCGCCGGCUUUCUCUCCUACUCGAGCGGGUGUGCGGUGAUGGCGCAGGUGCUGCAGGUGAUCGACAGCGCCGCGGUGACGCUCAUCCUCUGCUUCGCCGAGAAGCCCGAGAUCCUGGAGGCCAAGUACCCGCUCCUCUACGCCCGCUUCCGAUCCCUCUGCGACCCGCCGCCGCCACCAGACCACCCCGACAACACGCACCAACCGCUCGAGCCGUAA